CAACUCAGUUGGGGGUUGAAUGUGUGGCCGUCAGGACGACGAGAGUGAAGUUCUGUUGGAAGUGAAGUUUUAGUAAGAAGUGCUGUGAUGUUCACCACUGUUAACUCUGGUUCCAUAGUUACCAAAUGACGGAAAAUGAGAUUUUUUUUUUUACAUAAAUUAAUUUAUGGCUUACCGCUGAUGGCAUAUGCUGAUUGGUUCAGAGGAUUACAUAUUCAAGCUCUGGUGUAAGAAGCAACAGAAUUCCUGUAGGGACGAUGGCUCUUGGACUGUUUACUUUACUUUGUGUUGCACUCGGUAGCAUUGCCCUUCAAAGAGAUGCACCCUUAGAUCCUUCUCAUCAAACAAAUCCAUCAGUACUGGUCACUGAAAGCUCUUUGCUGCCAUCUUUUUCAGCAACAAGUAACCGGUUCACUGACACUCAAGAAACAUCAACAGCCUCCCCUAGUGACAGUCUCGUUAUUACCUCAGAACAUAUUGCCGAAGACUGCACUACCUGGAUCAACCCAACAGAUGACUCAGAAUACCCUUCUGCCAUUACAAAGCUUCCAGCAGUGAUAAGUGUCUCUAACCUCGCUCUCAAUGAGAGUUUUAGUUUGGCUAUUGUGGAUAAGUACGGAGAGCAACUGACUUGUUUUAAAGCACAUGCGCAAUAUCCAGAGUCACAUGUAUCUCUUUUCAUUGGGAAAUGCGAUGAAACAGAACCAAUAUUUCAAGGAUUCUGGCCAGAUCUAUCCAGGUCACAAAGUGGUUACUGGCCCUGUCUAGUGAAACCCGUACUUUCUGUGUCUGAUUAUUUUCAUAUAGAAGUUAGUGCCAAAGAAGCAGGGUGUAAUAAUGAAUCGCUUAUCGUAAGUUUCUCACCCAAUAGUGAUUUGGAAAAGGCUAUUUCUGUAACUGUUAGUUCUUCAGCAGAAUUCAUUUACAUUUUUGCAACAAGAAUUAAAACAGGGGUUAACAUGGUCUAUUUUCAGAGUGGCUAUACUGCCUCUAAAUGCCAAACUCUAGAUGAACCAGUAAAAUGGAGUGAAGCUGCUUAUUUUCUGCCUGAUAGUGGAACAAAAGAAGUGAAAAUUUACAUCAGCUAUUGUCAUUUUACUGAGGUUUUGAGUUAUUCUGUAAAUCCACAAAGGCACCAAUGGCGUAAACUUUCUUUUAGUGAGAAUCCAUUAAUAGAAUCUCAAGAACAUAUCUUCUUCUACAGAAAUAUCUUGGUUGAUGAUAAGAUAAUAGGUAACAUAACCACUACCACUAAUUAUCCACCCCUCCUUCUUCGCCUUAUGAGAGUCUGUCCUUUAAAAGAGGCUAAAGUUUCAAUGACUAAUGCAAUAUGGACAAACAAGUGUGAAAUGUCAGAUAUGACAAACGAAAGCCAGACAUCUAAUGGAACGUAUGACUUAACAUCUUUGAAGCCCAAUGAAUCAGUCACGUGUGAAAAUCUAUCAUCAAAUGCCUCUGAAACAAUUCAGUCGAUUCCACUUUCAUUAGUCGAUCCAGAUGCUGCUGCUCAAGACUGUUCUUAUUGGAUCAGUCCAGAGGAACCCUCUGAUUCCCCUUCGGCAUUCACGAAAAUCCCUUCUGUGAUCAGCAUUUCUGGUAUCUCUGUCAAUGAUAGUUUCAGAGUGGCCAUCACGGAUAAAUAUAGAAAUCACCUUGUUUGCUUCGAGGCAACUGCUAAGGACCAAGAGACGCACGUGUCCAUCUUCAGUGGCAAAUGCCAUCACAGAGACCCGAUUUCUGAAGAGAUAUGGUCUCAAAUGAUUCAGCCAAAGGACGAUCAUUGGACGUGCUUAGUGAAACCUCAUAUACCACUCUCUAAUUAUUUCCAUAUUGAAAUAAGAAAAGAAAAUGCAAGAGAUGGGACUCAGCAAACAGCAAUAAGCUUCAGACCUAAUGGCAAGUCUGAGAAAACGCUAUCUGCGAAUGUUCAUACUUCUGCAGAAUUUAUUUAUAUUUUUGGAAAUAAGAUUAAAAUAGGGGUCAACUUGGUCAACUAUCUUAAUGGUUAUAUGGCCUCUAAAUGUCAGACAUUAGAUGAACCGGUAGGGUGGAAUCGUCCUGCUUAUUUUCUGCCUUUCGAAGGAGAGACUCUGGUUAAAAUCUACAUUAGUUACUGCCACUUCACCGAAGUGAUCAGUUACUCGGCAAACCCCGACAAACCUCGGUGGCAUGAGUUGUCGUUCAGAGAGGACGAGUCAAUCAGAGAGAUGGAUAACAUAUUCUUUCACAGAUAUGUUUUAAUUGAUGGUUCAACUGUUGGAAAUCUGACUACUACUGUUGAGCAACCCCCACCAUUGCUGCGCCUUAUGAAAUUUUGCCCGUUGAAAGAGGCAAAAAUAUCUAUGACUAAUGCAAUUUGGAUGCAUAAAUGCAGUCCGGAAAGUGUAGUUUAAUGAAGCACUGAAAGUUCAUGAAUGGUUAGUAAAAAGGUUCUUGAGAAAAGUAACGUCAAAGAAUGCUUUUGAUAUUUUGCUGAGGUAGUUUUUGGUCCCACCUGGUUAUGAUUACCAAAUAAAUACUGGAAAUAUUGUAGCUAACAUUAUCGGUUUUGACUAAUAAGAAGCAACGUAUUUGAUUCUACGAUCAGUUGUUGCUGCAUGAAAUUACAAUACUUUUUUCUAAAUAUAUUGAUUUCUUCUUUUGAAUUCUGGUAAGAUUACUGAUUUCGAAUGAUCAAUUCAGCAGUGAUACUCGAUAAAUAUCUAACGCCGAACGCAAGUGUAUAUAGUGCAAGGUAUUCUAUGUAUCCACAUCAAUAAAUCUCAAAUCAGGA